AUGGAUGUCUGGGAAGACCUUGUGUAUGAUGAUGAUGUCCUCCAUUCCUUUUUCAAGAAAUGUGAUUCAUCAGCAUCACUAAUACCUGGCCCAGCAGGCAAUGUUCAAGCUGCUAUGUUGAAUAGAUUAAGCAGUGAAGAACCUAAAUCCACACAAGAAUUUGCUCGUCAAGUUGCUCAAGCCACAUUUGAAAGAGAUUUCAAUUCCAAUGCGUGGAUAUGGGCUGAAAUGUUCAUCCAACACCAUGAACUCGUAACUGAUGGAAAAAUGGAGAACCUGAACUCCCUUACAGAGGCAAAAAAGUCCUGGGUACUUCCAGUUGUUGCUUGCCUAUUGAAAGAAUGCAAACCUAACGGUUUGGGAGACAUGCUACUUACAAUCAAGGAUCCGUCAGGCACAAUGCAGGCUUCGUUGCACAAGAAAGUUCUUCAAGAUCCUGAAUUUGGGAAUCAUAUUGGUGUUGGCUCGGUUAUGGUACUGAAUCUUGUAAGAGGACUAUCUCAAAAUAACAUCAAGUAAGCUAUAACAUACUAUAUUGAUGAAUCUUAAACUCACUUCGUAUUGUCAUACAGGUACCAUCAUUACAUGUAUCUCGGGCAAAGCAGUACCUCAGUAUAGUGCAUCGCAACGUCAUCAAGGUGUUUCCGGCUGACAUUGAACCACCAACGAUUGAACUGGUCAAGCAAACAGCAAAACCUGUCAUCCGCCUACCUAUGUGGGCAGAGAACAACAAGCAUGUCCAUGAAAUCCUCAAGAAAUUCAUUCCACCACCAUCUGACAUUCCACCACCAUCUGACAUUCCACCAACAUCUGACAUUCCACCACCAUCUGACAUACCACGUCCAUCUGACCAACCAUCAACGUCCACAGAACCA